UUCUGAGCCAUUGGCGGCUGCUUAAGUGUUAUCAUACCCAUUUAGCCAUUGUUAACUAGAUUUCAAAAUUUCAGUUAGCCUCUGCGCUUAUUUUCCCUGCCCAGCAGAGUUGUGUGGGUUUUGUUUAUUUGUGUGCAGGAAAUGGCUCCUCAGGUUCCAGUCGAAUUUGUUGGAGAGAAGGCAGAAACGAUCCCCAAUUAUGCGUAUGUGACGUUUCUGGCAGGGAAUGGAGAUCAUGUUAAAGGAGUGAUUGGGCUGGUGAAGGGCCUGCGCAAAGUGGGCAGCGCUUAUAAUUUCGUUGUGGCGGUUCUGCCAGAUGUCCCACCUGAGCAUUGGAAAUUACUGAGUAAUCAGGGGUGUAUUGUGAUAGAGAUAAAAUGCAUUUCUCCUCCGGAGAAUCAAGUUCAGUUCGCUAUGGCCCAUAAUGUCACGGAUUAUUCCAAACUUGGGAUAUGGGAGCUUGAAGAAUACAGCAAGAUGAUCUAUCUGGAUGUCGAUAUACAAGUGUAUGAUAAUAUUGAUCACCUUUUUCAUCUUGCGAACGGCCAUUUCUAUGCUGUUCCGAAUUGCUUCUGUGAAGAGACACGGAGUCAUACUCCUCAGUAUGCGAUUGGCUACUGCCCUGAGAAGAUCCAGUGGCCUUUUGAAUUAGGGCAUCCACCUGCUCUGUAUUUCAAUACCGGCAUGUUCGUGUUUGAGCCCAGUAAAUUGACCUACAAAACCCUGCUAAACACCCUGGAAAACACCCCUCAUACGCCUUCUCCAGAGCAGGUUUUCUUGAACAUGUUUUUCCAGAAGGUGUACAGACCUCUUCCCCUGCUUUAUAACCUAGCCUUGCCUAUGCUAUGGCGCCAUCCAGAAAAUGUGGAGCUUGAUAAAGUUAAAGUCGUGCAAUAUUGCGCAGAUGGAUCGAAGCCAUGGAGGUACAAAGGGAAAAAGGAGAAUAUGGAGAGGGAAGAUGUAAAGAUGCUGGUCAAAAAGUGGUGGGAGAUUUACAACGACCCAACUCUGGACUUCAAAUGGACAGACUAAAAACCGGAUGCUCAAACUGUCUGGUUUGCAACAAAUGACAGAAAACUCGUUGUCAGCUGUCGUUGCCCCUAUGGACACUAUUUCUACACUUACAGUCCAUUAUGUCCAUCAGAUUUGUAACUCACUCGAGAAUAGAUAUAAAUAAUUAAUAACUAGCACUUGCAGUCAUAGGAGGUGGGCUGCAUCUAUUCUGGCUCCAAAACAGAUCUUUCGUACAGCGUGUUAACGACAAGUUAGUCAAUCGCAGUCGUUAAUUGUAAAAUCGACAGUGUAAAACAUGUGACUAACACGCGUGUUAGUCAAUUCGUACUGUCGUAGUGUUCACU